CGAACGUUAUUACAUUUAUAUACUAUCAUGCUAUUUUAGGGUUCACACUCUGGAUGUGAUUGUGCUCUUCUCGUGGGGUGGCUUUUUGUGAUUGUUGUAUUGGCGGUCAGUCACGACCUCCUCCAGUCGUCUCCCGUCUCUUAAUAACUCUCCCGCCAAGAUUGCGGAGGAAAACCUAAACCAGCAAACCGCAACGGUACCUCUUGUGCGGGUAAUGACAGUCCACUUCAGUAAAUCGGAGUGGAUACGUACUGAAAAUGUUCGGGGACUGCACAUCCUAAUAAUGAAUUGAAGGCGCAAACGAAAGGAGGAUGUCGCCACACAUGGUUUUGGUGCACGCGCAUCGUACGGUACGUAAGGCUCUGCAUGCCAACACUCGUUACAAGAGCGAUGUUCCUUUUUCUUAGCUUGCAUAGGCGACAGCCGUGACUCCCGAACGGGAAAACAGUUGAAGAUAGGGGAUCCCGGGUUUGCGCAGCACGGAGGUUGAGAUGAUGGAGCCCUCCGCUGUCACAUGCACGUCUGUAUGUAUGUCCAUGUGAGUUGAGAAAACACAAAGUCUCUCGACCAACGGGUGCUCGCCGCGUCAGCCCUUACUGUUUAAGAGCCCGUCUGGCCCUACUGGCCCACUACAGACCGAGACAAGCAAAGAAUGAAUGACCCACAUGACGGACAAGCGUGCACCAACGCUCCCCCAGGCAAGCAGCCAAGACCACCAAGCCUACAUCUAUCACUGGCCGUGGAUAUCCCUAUCAACGCCCGGGAUAAUGCCCGCAGUACGGUCCAGCAGGACUCCAGCUACAAAACAGACGUCCAAAGCCUGCGGCCGGGCGUUGUUCAAGAGAGGUGGAGAGAAGAGCGCGCCCCAUGGGAUGCCCAGCGGUACAUAACCAGUACCGCAACUACCGCCACUUCUUGCCAGGGCCAAUGGCGCGUGCACUCGGCCACAAUGGACAGCAACUUGCUUGCUAGCCUUGCCAAGCGCAUGCAUGAUAGCCGUCAGCUGCCUAAUUAUCUCCCCAUUCCUGGAGCCCUGCAGCAGCAGCUGUGCUUGGAUGACGGUGGCAUUUUCCAACUGUGGGGGCUGCGGAAGCAGCGGCAGGUUGCGCGAUGGCGAUGGCGUCACCUUCCUUAG